AUGGGUCACAUACAAAGAGCAUGUCGAUCUGAUGUACAAUACAGUGAAAAGGAGAGACGGUACAAGAUUCAGAAAAAGAAAAGUAGGAAUGUGCAUGUUGUCGCUGAAAACUCAGAUGAAGAAAGUGAUAAAGGGUUGGCGAAUUUAGAAAUCUACAGCCUGAAAAGUGACUUGAAACAAGCAAUCUGGCUUACACCUCAAUUGAAUGGACAGCCAGUUAGAAUGGAAUUGGACACAGGUUCCGCCAUUUCAGUGAUGUCACAGUGCAAGUUUGAAAAACAUUUCAAGAUGGCUAAGUUAAAGCCAUCGCCUGUCAAACUGAAAACAUAUACUGGUGAGCCCAUAAUUCCCCUAGGAAUGAUGCCCGUGACUGUAAAGUACAAUAAUCAACAGAGUGAGUUGGAUCUGUACAUAGUACGAACAGAGGGACCAGCACUUUGGGGACGUGACUGGUUGAGAAAGUUGCAGUUGGACUGGAAAUCCAUAAAAAGUCUGCAAAUCACAGUCCCUGCGUCAUCUAGCACGCAAAAGAAACUGGAAAAAGUGCUGGAUGGGGCUUCAGCAAUGUUUCAAUUGGGAAUAGGAACUCUGAAACAUAUCAAGGGGAAGAUAACCUUGGAUGAGAACGCUCUUCCAAAGUUUCACAAAGCAAGGCCCGUUCCCUAUGCUAUUCGCCAGAAAUUGAAAACUGAACUGGGUCGGUUGGAAGCUGAAGGAAUACUUUCAAAAGUUGACUGGAGUCCCUGGGCCACUCCUGUUGUUCCUGUCGCGAAGAAAGACGGAACUGUAAGACUGUGCGGGGAUUUUAAAGUCUCAGUCAACCCUGUAUUGCAGGCAGAACAAUAUCCACUACCGAGAAUAGAGGAUAUUUUUGCUACACUCUCAGGAGGUCAGCUUUUUAGCAAAAUAGACUUGGCGGAAGCAUUUUUACAAAUGGAAAUGGAGGACUCAAAAGUGUUCUUGACUAUCAAUACUCACAAGGGCUUGUACCGCUAUAACAGGCUUGUUUUCGGUGUCGCCUCAGCACCGGCCUUAUGGCAAAAGGCUAUGGAUCAGGUACUUCAGGGUUGCCCUGGUACCCAAUGCUACCUCGAUGACAUCAUUGUCACAGGUGACAGUGACAGUAGUCACUUGGAGAACUUAGUACGAGUCUUGAAGAGAUUGGAAGAGUAUGGACUGCGUGCAAGACGUGAUAAGUGUGAGUUUUCCAAGGAAACAAUCACAUAUUGUGGGCACAAAAUCGAUGCAAAUGGUCUGCACAAGUGUCAUGACAAGCUAAAGGCUGUUGCAGAGGCUCCACAACCGAAAGAUGUCUCGCAAUUAAGGUCCUUCCUUGGAUUUAUCAAUUACUACAACAGAUUUUUGCCAAAUCUAGCCACUGUUCUCCAUCCUUUAAAUGCCUUGUUGCAAGCAGGAAAGAAAUGGAUGUGGUCAAAGCAAUGCAUGCAAGCUUUUCAGGAAGCAAAGAAACUGGUGAUGUCAGAUAUGUCACGGGCACACAAGAACCAGAUGUAGAGAUCCAGUUGCAGCAUUAGCAUUUAUUGGGGAAUCCAGAAACGUAAAUCCAAAGGCAGGCAAGGGGUCAAAAUCCAGAUAAUCCACAGUCCACAAAACGAAAAGCCAGAGAUACAAACGGUGCACGUAACAAUACAACAAACCACAACCAAGGACAGAAACAACUGAGUAUAAAUAGACAGACACUAAUGAUGAACACAAAACAGCUGGGUGCAAUGACAAUGAGAUAAUGAGUCCAGGGAAGUGAG